ACCUGAUUCUAAGGGUUCAGGUAGAAGGUGCCUUGGCCGUGGGACACCGUCACGUGAAACAUUUAUGUCCUGGCUAAUUACCACUGUGCCGGCCAUGUCCUUGAAGGGCCCUAAGAAAUGUCAAGCACGCGAUGAAGUCGUGACUGUCGAAAAAUGUUUGAUGCAAACACGUCGAGUUUCAAGUGAUGCCAAUCAAAACACCCACCCCCACCAGUCAGUCAACUUAAUCAGGUGCUCUGAAUUGGAAAAUCUGUUGGCAAUCAAUAAAAGGAAAAGCAUAGCUUGGCGCACAUAAUGUAGACGUAUAAUUUUAGACACGAAUGUGAGCAUUUUGGCCGAGUUUUCGGGAACGCCAACGAGCAGCUCCCCCACCGCCCACAUCAGGCACCAUGUCCUUUUCGACCAGGUGAACACUCGGGCGGACUGUCGUCCAUGGCAACGUUCGUUAUGAAAACUAAACGAAAACAAAUGCGCCCAAAGACAGCGACAACAACGCUGGCGAGACAACAUGCUCUGGAAAUUGGAAAAGUCAGAUAGCGGAUACAUCGGUGAACAGCGUCGUCGGCAAGUUGGGACAGCUGAAGCAGAUUCCAUCACCGCAUAGAGUAGCCCACGCACCAGCCACCGGAGCAGCAGUAGCAGCAUCAGUCUCAUUCAUAGUCCUUUGGCGAGUCCUUGUUAGUUCUGUGGAAAACCGAAGCUCCGGCAAACGCGGACGCGGCGACACUCGACGGCAUACUGGGGAACUGCAUCGACAUCGACUCGGUGGCCGUGGUGCAGCACAAGCUGGUGCACCGAAUUGUAGGUGGCAAGAUGUCGCCGCCCGUGCUGUACUACCUGCCGCCCAGUCCGCCCUGCCGCAGCAUCCUGCUGCUGGCCAAGAUGCUGGACAUCGACUUUGAGCUGAAGAUCGUCAACAUCCUGGAGGGGGAGCAGCUGAAGCCGGACUUUGUGGCCAUGAAUCCGCAGCACUGUGUGCCGACCAUGAACGACGAGGGUCUGGUUUUGUGGGAAAGUCGUGCCAUACUCUCCUAUCUGGUGGCUGCCUACGGCAAGAGUGACCAACUGUAUCCCACGGACAUAAGGGUGAGGGCUUUGGUGGACCAACGCCUCCAGUUCGAUCUGGGCACCCUCUACAUGCGACUCACGGACUACUAUUUCCCCACAAUGUUUAUUGGUGCGCCACUGGACGAAGGAAAGCGCGCCAAGUUGGCGGAGGCUGUGGGCUGGCUAAACACAAUCUUGGAGGGCAGACAGUUUUCCGCCGCCGAUCACUUCACCAUCGCGGAUCUCACGCUUUUGGUGACCGUUUCCCAGCUGGAGGCCUUCGAGUUUGAACUUCGACCGUAUAAACAUAUCCGCCAAUGGCUCGAUCGCUGCAAGGAUCACAUGGCACCGUUUGACUACGAGGAACUCAAUGCCAACAAGGCCAAUAUGCUGGCCGAUAUGUUCAAGGCCAAGAUGAAUCAAUCGGCGGGCUAAUAGUUCUUUAAAUCAGUGUUAUAUUUAAUAUCAGUUGUGUAAGUGUUGUAUUAAAUAAAUAAAUUGUUCUGUAAACAAGGUUGUAUGUUCUACAUAUAUA